AUGUCGACAUCGGGGCAAAUCGAUGGCGAAGACGCGAUAGAAGCAAAUGCGGACGAUGAGAGUUUAGCAGGAAUCGCCUCAGCUUCAGGGAGCAUCAAGGAAGAACAGGACUUCGAAUUGCAGCGAGAAGAUAGCAAGGAUGAUUCCAGAGACGCAGAUGUCUCCUCGGGCGAGGAAAUGGACAAGAAAACUGCUAGAAAACUUUCACUAAAAAAGCGCCGAAACUCGAAUCUCAACGGCGAAGAAAUCGCCAACCACAUCCAGCCAAACAUCGAAGCCAUGAAGCUCGGACUGCCAGCCGAAGUAGCCGCUAGCGUACAACUGCCAGUCCAAAUGCCGGUCGUCGAAGUCGAAAGUGGAAGCCCGGCGCGCGAGUGGCCCAGCCGCUGCAGCUCGACUUACUGCGAAGCCGACGACGACCAAAGCCCUGACGACACGACCAAUGCUGCCACGAAACAAACGACUGCCAGGAAGCCAUCAGUUGCGCACUCGAUUGCGCUAAAUCCGUCGAUGACCACGGCAGAUGUAAUCAGAAGACUGUCACAACCGACUCUUGUUCCAAUCAUUACCCCAGUGGUCGGACCAAUGUUCAGCACUCCCGCGAAUCAAAGCAACCAGAUGCCGCCGAGUCCAGACCGUCUGGAACUGAAGGAGCGGCUCUACAACUACACCCUCGAACCUCCCUCUCCCGGACGACUGGCGCUCAAAGGAAUCGAAACCGACGAUGAAACAACAAAGCACUCGAACGACGAACCAGACCAAGAUCAGCUGACCACGCCGCCAGCUGAGCUCGAAGAAGAGAACAUCGAAGACAAGCAGAAUCAAACAGAACAACCAAAAGCAGUUAAAAUCUCGAACUAUCAAAACCGAAGAGAAGCCAAAAACAAAAGAAGCAAUCCAGAAGGACUUUCGCUGCGGCAAGAAAUCGCCAAUAGAAAUCUCAAGAGACAAAGAACUGAAGGCUCGUCAGAUGGCUUUCUUGAAAUCCCAAGGCUCAAGAGCCCCAUGCCAGGGAGUCACGUGAGGGCAACGCCAAGUCCACAAGUGCUCGAAAAUGAUCGAAUGUCGGAAGUUGCAACGGUUGGUGAUGUUGAUGAUCUUGGAUCUGUUGCUUCUAUUUCUUCCUUUGUCGAUGGCCAAAAAGACAUGAAAGAAUCGCUGGGCGAAGUGCUCCGUCCGGAAAGGGUGAAUAGACCUUCGAUAUCAGUAGAAGUUCCAGUCGUUCCCGAGGUUGAGUGUCAACCCUGGAUCAUGAAGAUGAAGGGAGUCGACCACGAGUUUGGCAAUUUCUCGCAAAUCGUCACCAGUAGAAGAGAAUUCGCAACAAGACUUGACAAUUAUCUUCGCGGCUGCCAUUUCGCCCCAGAUGGACUGUGUCUUUUAUCAAACUCGAACGACAACACCCUUCGCUUGUUCAACCUUCCAGCAGCGCUGCUCACCGGCCAGUUGGAGAACGCGGAGCCAGAGAUGGAGUCCGUUCUGCGAAUUCCGGAAGGCGAAGCGAUCUACGACUUCAGUUGGUGGCCCAGGAUGAAUUCUCUGGACCCGCCUUCAUGCUGCUUCGUUUCUUCAGCCAAGCAUCAGCCGAUACAUUUGUUUGACGCAUUUAACGGCAAGUUGAGAGCUUCGUACAGGAUUAUCGAUUCAGUGGACGAAGUAGCCAGCGCUCAUUCGCUGGCGUUUUCCACCGACGGAAUGCAACUUUACGCUGGAUUGAACAACGAAAUUCGCAUUUUCGAAACGAUGAUUCCUGGCAAUGAAAGUUCAACAAUCAAACUCGGCAAAGGCUAUCACGCUGGCAUCAUCUCCACAAUCGCAAUCAACGACGAUGUCAUCGUCGCCGGCUCGUUCAGCAAAGACCUGGGCGUGUACGACGGCAGAAGUCACAACCAAAUUGCGUUCAUGGAAAAGGCGCAUUCUGGUGGAAUCACGGGCGUGGCGUUUUUAGACGAUCAGAAUUUAAUCUCCGCGGGGCGCAAAUGUCCGCUUAUUAAGUGCUGGGACUUGCGAAACAACACCACUCCAAUUUGGAAAGUCGAGCGAAAAUCCGAAACCAACCAAACGAUCCAAUUCGACAUUAGCCAAAGCAGAAAAGAGCUCUUCUGUGGCUCGACGGACGGAAAACUUCAUUACUGGAAAAUCCGCAACGGAACCCCGGAAAAGCUCUUCGAACGAAGCGUCCAUAGAAGUGCCGCAAAUGCAGCCAGCAUUCACCCCUUCGCGCCAGUCCUCGCUUCGGGCUCUGGGCAGCGCGUUUUUCCAAACGUAGCUGACUCUGACAGCGAGGACACGCUUACUGCCACGCCAGUGUCGGACAAUUCCUGA